AAAAACAUAAAUAAAGGUGUGGACUCGGUGGAGGUGAACUUAGCAUUGGGGAAGGUGACAGUGACGGGAUACAUCAACCGCAACAAGGUGCUGAAAGAAGUGCGAAGAAGCGGGAAAAAGGCAGAGUUCUGGCCAAAUCCUGACCUCCCUCUCUUCUUCACGAACUCCACCAACUACUUUCAUGACGAGAAAUCCUACCGUGAGAGCUAUAAUUAUUGGCGCCACGGCUACAGCAAUACUGACAAGCACGGCAACAUUCCAAUCAACCUUCGUGGAGAAGAUCGAGUAAGCAACAUGUUCAACGACGACAAUGUUAAUGCCUGCUCCAUCAUGUGAUAUUGGCCCUAUAACCGUAUGAUCGCCAUUGGAGGGUUGUUGAUCAUGGAGAUGAUGCAGGGAUUUACAUAUGCCACUGAAUUCUUUUGUGUAUCUAAUACAUAAAUCUUUAGAGUGUUAAAUAUAUAAAAACUUAAGAAUUUAGUGGUAUAUAUGUAAAUCUCCUUGUUGUAAUUAAAGAAAAUGCUAUAAAUAGGCACAUUGUGCUUAUUUGAGGA